AUGUCCAGUCACGAGGAGGAUGAACGCGACGAUGUUGAGGAGCAGGAGAUACAUGUGGAUGUCGAUUCUGAUUCACGUAUGUCAUGCGGCAGCGGCUCAGAUGUGGAUAUGGAUGGCGGCAGUUGUUACGACGAAUCAGAAACACCUCUAAGCGAAUCUCUGCAAUCGGAACAGACACGCUCCUCAUCUAGCGAAAAUCUCCCCUUCAGCAUAUCACGCCUGCUAUCCAAACCCUUCGAGACGAAUAACAAUCAUCACAGUAACAACAACAACAGCAGCAGCAAUGGUAGCAACAACAACAACAACGGCGCCGACAAAGGCGCCGAAGACAAAGAUCUUCAUGCCGAUGAUCACGAUCUUGCCGCCUAUAAACUGGCCACCAGCAUUGCCAACUCAACAUACGGCAGUGCCGCCGCUCUCUACACCUAUCCCCAUCUCUAUCCCUCGGCAGCGGCCGCCGCGGCGGGACAUGUGCUGCGUGUGCCGCCCCAACGCACGCCCCUCACUUGGGCGCUGCCGCCGCUGCACCACGCAGCGUUGGCUCAUCAGGCGGUAAAGGAUCGCUUGGCAGCUGCCUUCCCCAUUGCACGUCGCAUUGGACAUCCCUACCAGAAUCGCACGCCGCCCAAGCGAAAAAAGCCGCGCACCUCCUUCACGCGCAUUCAGGUUGCCGAGCUCGAGAAGCGUUUCCACAAGCAAAAAUAUCUGGCAUCGGCGGAGCGAGCGGCACUCGCACGCGGCCUAAAAAUGACAGAUGCCCAGGUGAAGACGUGGUUCCAGAAUCGGCGCACAAAAUGGAGACGUCAAACAGCCGAGGAGCGUGAGGCCGAACGUCAAGCUGCCAAUCGCUUGAUGCUCUCCCUGCAGGCUGAGGCCAUCAGCAAAGGCUUUGCGCCCCCCACCGCGCCCCUCUCCUCACAGCCGAAUGUGAAUGGCGCUCCCCUGGCCGCCCUCCACGGCCUCCAACCCUGGGCAGAGACGCAUGCGGCGGGCUGCUAA